GAUGAGGGGAGACAUCGCAGAGGUGGCCUUGGGGCUGGCCAGUGACAGCCCCGUCUCACUUGCUGGAGCCUGGGUCACAGCGGGGGAGGACGCCCCUGCUCUUCACUCCCUCGCUUCAGCGCUUUUAAAUCCCUUUAACCCCACAGACGGGACUGGACGGGAUGGGACGGGAGACUGGGAGCAUGUCUCUCGCCGGGCUGCUGUGCCUGUGGCUCGGCUGCCUGCUGCUCCACGGUGGUGCGGCGAAGCCCCUGGGCCCCCCCUGCCCCUGCCCUGACUACCUGCAGAGCGACUGUGACAUGCAGGGCUUUGCCGAUGGCCCCGUGCCCGCCGGCAAGUCCUUCUACAUCGACUUCGCCAGGCGGCUCUGCACCUGCGGCCCCAGCGGCAACAUCACCUGUGCCUCCCGCUGCCCCGCCGUGCCAGCCGCCUGCGCCGCCGUGGGCAGCCCCAUGGCCGACGGCUGCCCCCAGUGCAUCUGCUACGACGAGGAUGAGCUGCCGGUGCCUGCGGGGGCCGUCACUGCCCGGGGUGCCCAGGUUUGCACCUGCCCCCCACAGGGAGGCCAGCUGCAGUGCAGUGGCAGCAAAAGCGAGGAAUAAAUCCACUUUCCGCCUCCUCUGCGUUACCCCAAGGCGGGAGGCUUUCUGCACCUUGGGGCAUCCUCACUGAGCAGCUUUAAAUGCUUCGAGCUGUCCUGUACAGCUCGGUAGUGAUUACGUCCGUGCCACAGAGUGCUGGAGGGAGACCGCGUUUUAUGUCAUUUAUAAGCCAGGUCAAAACAUUUAUAGCUGGGUGAUCUUUUCUGUCGUAAGGUUUGCUCCAUGGCGGUGGGCAGCAAGGUUAGAUUGGUUGCUGCUAGAAUGUAAAUGAAACCAAAGCGGUUAUUUAUUUAUUUGUGAGAUGAUGGUCCUCUUGUAUGUAUGUUUAUAUAGUGCAUAGAUAGUACUGCUUUAAGUUAACUUACCAGAUAAACUUUGCUCCAGGAUCUAGGCUUUAGCUUCUUAGAAAUCCAUCAGAUUCGAAUUGGUGGGACCAAAAUCAUCUACAGUCCCCCCCCUGCCCAGGCUUUUUGUCUCUUCCUCACUCCAGACAGAGGUUGGUGGGGGGGGCAGCUGAUGGGUUAGCACAUGUACACGCUCUUAAAAGGAGGCAAACCCCCUCCAGCUUCUUCAUCUGUUGGAGCAAAGCCUUGAAAGUUGAUAUGAGGGAUGUAGCCUUCGAAGCCACCUCAACAAAACAGCUACCCAAGCCUGACCCCGCUGCAAGUCCCUGCAGAGCCCCGGUACACUAGAAAUACUGAGUUGUGCAUCUCCACCUCACCUGUGCUCUCCUCGUCCAACUACUGAGAACCAACCAAGGAUACACCAGAACUUCAUUUUCUGAAUGCCAUAGAAGUAUAUAUAUAUAUAUAUAUGUAAUGUGUAUUUGCAGGAAGACUGUAAUCAAAAAUACAGCUUAAUCAGGCUGAGAUAUUAACGAAUGCUAAUUGUGUUUUUUUUCAAGAGGCUGAAUAAAAUCAAUUUUACCGAUAAA